AUUGAACAAUGAACAUCAGCGGCAAACUAAAGUAAAGCGCUGAUGAUUUCCAAGUGCCUGCGAUUGCUGUUGAUUAUCAGUGAUUUCCCCACAGCGUCCGGCGUUCGUAGAUUCACGAUGAAGAUUCUGAAUGUUGCUGAGAAAAAUGAUGCCGCUAAGAAUAUUUCGGAAAUCCUGAGCCGCGGAGGAUACCAUAGGAGAGAAGGAAUAUCGAAGUUCAACAAAAUAUACGAGUUCGCCAUGAAUCUCAACGGCCAAAAUGUUAUGAUGAUAAUGACGUCUGUGUCAGGCCACCUGACUAAUUAUGAUUUCCUCCCAAAUUACAAAUCAUGGCAUUCUUGUAACCCGAUGGUGCUCUUUGACGCACCAAUUGUUAAACAAGUUCUCAAAGAUUACGAGCCAAUCAAGCAAACGUUACAGCGUGAAGUACGAAGCUGUCAAAAGUUAAUUAUAUGGACUGAUUGCGAUCGUGAGGGUGAAAACAUUGGCGUCGAAGUAAUUGAUGUUUGUAGAGAAGUCAAACCAAACAUUGAAAUUCUCCGUGCUCGGUUUUCUGAAAUUACACCUGCAGCUGUGCAUCGUGCCGUAGAUCGGCUUACAAUUCCUGAUUAUAAUGCCAGCACAGCUGUUGACGUGCGCCAGGAGCUAGAUUUACGUAUUGGGGCUGCCUUCACACGCUUCCAGACUUUGCGGUUGAGGCGAGUUUUCCCCCAAGCUCUUAGUGACCAGUUGAUCUCGUAUGGAUCUUGUCAGUUUCCAACUCUUGGUUUUGUUGUAGAACGCUUUCGAGAGGUUGAUCAGUUUGUUUCUGAACCAUUUUGGCGUAUUGUGGUCACUGUGUCACGCGACGAGAAAACAACUGAAUUUCAGUGGCAACGUGGACGUCUUUUCGAUCAAGAUUGUUGCAGAGCAUACUAUGAACAUUUAAAUCAAAAUCGUUAUGGUCAAAUUGUAGAAGUUAUUAAGCGUCCGAAAACCAAAUGGCGUCCAACUGCUUUGGAUACAGUAGAAUUAGAGAAAUUGGCCUCUCGCAAGUUACAAAUGGGAGCUAAAUAUGCAAUGCAGUUGGCUGAGCGUCUUUAUAACAAAGGCUUUAUUUCAUAUCCUCGUACAGAAACCAAAAUAUUCCCCCCGGAUUUGGAUCUUAAAAGCCUAGUGCACGUUCAAAUAAAUGAUUCUCGAUGGUCUGAUUUUGCUACCAGAAUCCUUGAGCGUGGUCCUAAUCCUAAGAACGGAAAGUCAAGUGAUAAGGCUCAUCCACCUAUACACCCGUUAAAAGUGGGCGAUUCACUUCAGGGUGAUGAAGCACGUCUAUAUGAAUUGGUGACUAGGCAUUUUCUAGCUUGCCUUUCAACUGAUGCAGAGGGUGCUGAAACCAUAGUUCGUUUGUGUAUUGGUAAACCUACUCUUCCAAGGACAUUUAAUUCAAGUAUAAGUACGGCUAAUUUACUUACUUCAGAAGAUGGGGAAUUAUUUGAAUCCAAAGGUCUUAUGAUUUUGGCUCUGAACUAUUUAGAAGUUUACAUCUAUGAUCGGUGGGCUGAAAAAGAUAUGCCUGUUUUUCAAUUAGGUGAAUGGAUUUUACCUGAUAAUAUCCAAGUACUUACUGGUCAAACAUGUCCACCACCUUUGCUUACAGAAGCUGAUCUUAUCUCUCUUAUGGAUCGUCAUGGGAUCGGCACAGACGCUACACAUGCUGAACAUAUUGAAACCAUUAAACAAAGACUCUAUGUCGGUUUAGAGCAAAACAAAUUUCUUGUUCCAGGUCAAUUAGGAAUGGGAUUAGUGGAAGGUUAUGAUUCCAUGGGUUUUGAAAUGUCUAAACCUAAUUUACGAUCGGAAUUUGAAGCUGAUCUAAAGUUAAUAUGUGAAGGUCGCAAAACAAAAGAAGAAGUAUUACAUCAUCAUUUGAACAAGUACAAAGAAUUAUUUCGUUUAGCUCUAAACCAAGCGUCAUUCCUAGACAGGGCAUUAGCUCUUCGAUUGGAACAAGAAGCAGAAAAUGUUCAAAAUAUAUCUGGUAGUGUUGGUGAGAUGGCCUCAUUUGCUGCUAGCAAUAACACCAGUGGUGGACAUAAUCAAAGCAACGUUUUAAACCCGGUUGUUGCGUUUUGCCCUACUUGUCAUUCUGGUCUAGUACUUCGUCAAAAACGGAGUGCUUUACGCCCGUUAACAACUAGUUCAAAUCUUUCAAAUAAUCCUGGUUCAAAUGAAGUUAAUCAGACAAGUAACGGUGGCUGGUUUCUCUCAUGUUCUGGCUAUCCUAAUUGUCGAUAUGCAAUUUGGUUUCCAGAUUCAGUCAUUCAUGUUCGUGUUUUGUCUGAAACGAAUGAAAAUACGUGCAAUCGUUGUGCAAACUUCAUACCUUCUUCAUCUGUACGUCCUUCUAAUGAUCAGUCGGGGCCGUCGAAAUUAGGCUUACGUUUUCGACGCAAUUUUUACUUGCCAAACGGUUACAUUCAGGAUGACGAUACUAAAGAAUAUAUAACUUGUAUAUUUUGCGAUGAAGAUAUUUGCAGAAUAUUAGGAAUUCAUAUUCGUCUAGUGAAUAAUCCACCCAUCUCUUCACAAACAACUGUUUCGAAUGAACUCAUUGCUAAUCGAGAUCCUCUUCCUUCACAAACACGUAAUUUUUCUUCCUCCCUUCCUCCUUCAUUUUCAUCUACUGGAAUUGAUAGUAAUCAUAAUUUUUCCAAUCUGUUACAUGCGAAACCUUAUUUAAAUCUACAUCCAACAUCUAAUCAUUCAUCCCAUAACACUCUACCUCGGUCUCCUAAUUUCUCAAGAUCUGUUGACAACGCAGAGGCUGGUGAUUCAGACAAUAUUUUGUGCAAUUGUGGUCAUUCAGCUAUUCAAUUGACUGUCAAGAAACCAGGCCCAAAUCAAGGUCGAUUGUUUUAUCGUUGUCCUGGAGUAGCAGGUAAUUCUUGUGAUUUCUUUUUAUGGAAAUCCCAAACAACUCCAAUAACGAUUGCUCAAUCUAGUCCUUUGUAUUCUAGUACUCAAGUUUUUCAAUUUACUUAACAUUAUCACGUCAUAAUUAUCAUCACUACAGUAUCGUUUCCAACAUAAAAGCCUCUCCAUCUUCUGUGUGAGGAAAACUGGUAAAAUAUGGCUAAAUCUAAAUUAAUGAAUUUGUCUUUUUAGAUUGUUCACUCAGAGUACUUGAUCGAUCAGACCAUAUGGUUGAGAUAAGAUAAGUAAAACACUUAACUUUUGUGAGAACGAUUAAAGUAUCCUACAUUUCCUCAUGUCAUUUAUGUACAAAAUAUUCAUGCUAAGGGCCGACCUGCUUUUUUUUAUGAACUAUAUUGGUUCCAUUUUCUGAAUUGAUAUCCUAACUUUCGAAAAUAUUGGAUGUGGGUCUUCUGUCUCUUCCUAACUAGCGAAGUUUUAAUUACUACAUUUACAAUUUUCGGGUAUCCCUUAUAAAGUGAAGGACUUAAAUCAGACACUGACUUAUCCAGUUCAAUGGAAAACUCGAAUUCCUAACUUGCUUUGUGUAUAAGCUUUUAGUCUCAAAGUAACCGGUUACUAUAUUAACUUAACAAGUCGGUGAUCGUCUUAAAUGUUAGGGUGAAGCGAGUAAAUGAAAGUAUGAAAAUUUGGCAGCUAUUUUUAUAUAAUGUGUAAUCAAUCAAUUGGUCUGUGGUAUUCUUAUCUUAUCCUAAAUCUAAGCUUAUAUUUGACCCAUUAACUGACUAUAUCUUUCACUGUUCAUAAAGUACAGUAACUUAGCCACAAACCUAUUACUCAGUUAAGUAGACAUUGAGAUUAAUUGUUCAUCGUACUCCGUAUUUCAUCUAUACGUACGUUUUCAAGUUUGAAGAAUAUAGGAUAACAUGAGAUAUCCAUUUAGUUUAACUGAUGUACUUAUUCAACUUAGUAUUGUUUGUUUGAUGUACUUAUUGGAAUUUGAGAACCCAUGAGGAUAUUGAAUAGAGUAUCAAUCACUAGCGUAUGCAAUAACCUUGUUAUGUGAUUCAGUGUUAGUGGGUAUAGGAAUCUCCUGACUUUUCUCGAUGGGUAGUCCUAGCUCAAAGAAAAAGACUUAGUCAUUCUGAUAAUACGUUUAGUACAACAUGCUAAAUUGAAAAUAUUCAACCAUUUGUGUUACGUUUUUAAUAUUCCUUAAGCUUAAUAUACUUUAACUUUAUUAUUUAGUAUUUUAGCGGGAAUUCCACGUAUCAUUUACGCUUUUCCGUAAUUUCCGUCACAUCUGCCCUCCAUGUAUAUAUUUUAUCUUCAUUGACCAGUGACAACUCAACAAUCUAACUGAUCACUUAUUCCAGUAUCAUUAGGUAGUGGACCUAGGCAAGAUACUGAAAACGAGUUUUUGUCCAGAGAGGUGAUUGUCGUUCCAGUUGAGAUAAUAGAAAUAUACCCAAAGGAAAAAUAGGGAAAUCUGAAUGAUGUGAAUAAUAUAGCUUUUCUUAAUAUGACGUACAGAGCAUGUCCCUCGCGCAGUCAAAGUACAGAGUACUUUUGCAAGAUAAACAACGCCCUUUGUAUCUGCUUUUUGACUUGAUAGUUACACUUCAGAAUAGUUGAGAUAUCUAUGUGAUUGCUUGCUCUAUAGGUAGCGAGGAACAUAUAGUUAUUAUAUGUUAGCAGUGACGUUGCACAUUAAUUUUCUAGUUUUUCACCACAACAUGAUUUAGUUGUCGUAGAAAAUCAGCACAUAUAUACUAAUGUUCGACACCAUUUAGUGUUUCACCAUCAGUCUGUAAUUAAUAACGGAGACAAUGGGGAGAAAACUUAUGGUCCUGUCAAUUAUCCCUGGUGUUUUAUUUGUGUGUGUUCAAUAACCGCUCUUUUUCUAAUCGUAUCUUGUUCAUUAGGUCAUUACGGAAUGUCAUCGACCCGUGCUCUCGUCUUGAAAAUGUAUCUGAGAAUGCUAAUUGUGUCAGCGAUAGAACAUCUGGUUUAGGUUCUUCAGACUCUAAUUCAGCUUGUGUUGUUUGUCGUUGCGGAGAGCCUGCAAAAUUACUUGUUGUCAAUAAACAGUCGUCUAACAAAGGUCGUCAUUUUUACGCAUGUCCAAACAGUCGUCCUAAUGUCGAUGGUGGUCCAGCAUCUGGAUGUAAUUUUUUUCAGUGGGCAGAUCACAUUGAUCCAGCAUCAGGACAGUCGGAUUCAUCCUCAUAUGGGCUUUCAAACAGACGAUAUGCAUCUGGAUCAAGUAUUGAACAAGGACUUAGUUAUCAUAGAACAGCAGCGAAUGCUGAAACAAAUAUCUCUGUCGGUCAUGUCCCAUCAUGGCCUCCUCCAGCUUCGAAUAACUCAAGAGGUGCAAUUUCUAGGAAUAAAAAUCGUGACUUUAAAGACCGUAGUUUAUCUGCGUCAUCCAGUGUAACUAGAUGUUGUGGGUUGUGCCGACAGCCUGGUCAUACACGUAACCGUUGCCCUCAUUCAACAACAUGAAUCUUUACAAAAAAAUGAAUAUUUAUUCCCUGAUUUCAUUUAUAACACUGUACAUACAUACAUUCUCCAAUUUUAUUGAUGAUAAGAAUUAAAUAACUAAUUGAUUUCAUAUUGAUAUAAACGGAAUUAUUUGUUAAUUAACCUCAGUUUCGUUCAUUAAUUAGCAAAAUAUUUUCUAGACUUUCUCUCAGUCUUUUGUAAAUAAAAUCUAAUUGAUGCGCUUUUGUUUGUUUUCUUCAUAUGACAUUUUAAACAAGUUCCAACCUUCAACAUUAUUCAAAUCAGUUUUAGAAGGAAACAAACAGUAAUGUAUCAAAUUCAUUAAAUUUAGGAAUAUCAUUUCUACAUUGGAUGCAGUAUGUAUGAAGUAUUGAUAAUCUCGUAUUAAAAGUAACAUAAUGCUCCAGUGAAACAAGAUUUACACUUUAGAGUUACAAUUACCUAUUUUUUUAUUUCAUAAUGUCUAGACAUUUAUUGUAACCAAAGUGUUUGAGGUGACCGAACUGAUAGUUAUGUUACAGGACUGCCUCCGAAUUCAAUACAAACACUUCAGAAGAUGGGCUCACUGAUCAUUCUACUCAACGGACAUAUACUAGGAAACCAAUGUUUUCAUUUAAUUAUAAAAUAGUCAGCGUCGAUGACAUGAUUACUAGUGAUUUUAUAGUUGAA